CGUUUCUGAACGCGAAAUGAUGCUUUGACGGGACGGCUGUUGAAUGCAGUGGACUUGUUAUUCGCUUUCAAAGUGAUUUAUUCGUUUCUCUUGUUUUAUCACUAUGAAAACUGUGCUCAUUCUUUAACCAUGUUGAAUCAAACUUCAACUGAGGCGUUGCUAUCAGCAACUUACGUUGAGAACUACUUAGAUUGUGUUGAAAAUCUUCCGAAUGACCUGCAGAGGCAUUUAUCGCGUAUGCGAGAGCUUGACGUAACAUACAGAGAAUGUCUUCGGGAAGCUGAGAAGCACCUAGCAGUAUGUAUAGGAGCCAACACAGAGGAACGUCGCCGAAGCCGCGCGGCAUCGCGGCUGCAAACAGUGCUAGUAGCAGCUCAGGAGAUAGGCGACGAGAAACUACAAGUUGUACAGAUACUACAAGACCUAAUUGACAACAAACAAAGGUCACUUGAUGCAGAUCACAAAAAACUAAUAUCUUGCCUGGAGGUGAAGACUAAUGGCACAGCUAAAGAAGAGCCAGCUCCAGCCCCAGAAGCUAUCAGAAGUGUGGAGAAGGAAACCCCAGCACCAGUGGUUACACCGCAGCAUGCACCACCUCCUCCACCACCUGAACGAAGCAAUGAAAAGGAAAAAGAGAAAGUUGACCGUGAUAAGUCUGGAGGUGAGCGUUGGUCAAAACGCGCGCGACGCUCACGAACAACAGCAGGUGCAGCGACAGAUGGAGCCGACUCCAGUGAACGAGACAGUGAAAGGCAUGCCCACAACACCACACACAAGAAAGGUAUCGGCAAAAAGAAAAAGCGUAAAGCGCGCCAAGCAGCACAACGUUCAGAAACACCCCCCGAGGAGACAGAUGCCAUCGACCCUGAUGAGCCGCGGUACUGCCUUUGUGAUCAGAUAUCAUUCGGCGAGAUGAUCCUCUGCGACAAUGAUCUCUGUCCCAUUGAGUGGUUCCACUUCUCAUGUGUGUCACUCUCAACAAAACCUAAAGGAAAGUGGUUCUGUCCGAAGUGCCGUGGCGAUAGACCCAACGUCAUGAAACCUAAAGGACAAUUCUUAAAAGAGUUAGAACGGUAUAACAGGGAGAAAGAGGAGAAAGCAUAGUCUCGUUAGAUACCUAGGUUUAAGGUUCAUGUGGAUUUGAAAUCAGUGAAUACAACUGCAAUAUGUGAUGGUGCUUGUGGUAGGUAUCAAAUUGUGAUAAAUUUACUUAAGACCUUCAAAUAAGUAGCUAUAGUGAGAGUGUUAGCUGCUAGUGAUAUCCUGACCCCUGCAAAACAAGUUCCAACAUUUGAAAUGAAAUAUUAAAGUAUUCACUUGUUUCUAGUCCAUGUAUAGGCAAUAUGCCUAGAACACUUUCAAGUAUUGAAAUGUGAUUUAAAUUUAUGAAUAUUGAGUUCUUUCUAUGUGACGUGUGGUCGUAACAGUAAGUUGCGAUAUUAAUUGAUGUAUGACUAGUUGAAUCUCCACAACAGUUCAAGAUACAAGUAAACGAAUCUAUGUUGUAAUUGACUCCGCGAUUUGACGAAAUGUUGUAAAUAUAUUAGUUAUGUAACGGUCAAAUACGGAACUUUAAGUACAGUACAGCAUAACUUAGAUACGCAAUACGCAAUAUGGCAACUUUAAAUAGAAAGCUCUGUAUAAAAUAGUUGCAAACAGAUUUAAUUUCUUACAUUAAAUAAGUUAUAUUCAAUAUAAGGAUUAAUAAAUAAUG